GGGUUUGGAAAACCAAAACCGCCUUUCCAACGGCAGUCCACAGAGACAAAUAACCGAGGUCGAUGCUUCGCGAGUUUGUUUCCUAUGACUCUUAGUACUACUCAUUUCCACUGUCUUCUUUUUUCAUCAUUUUCGCUAUAAAACCCAAAACCCCACUAUUUUCUCCCUCGUUCUUUCUCACUCCUCAACCUAACCUUAUUCGGCACCCCUCUCUCUCCAUUUCAAACCCACUUCUUUCUUCCUAUCCGAUCAUGUCUCACUUCAAGAGCAAGUACCAUGAUGAGCUCAUUGCCAAUGCUGCAUACAUUGGCACCCCUGGAAAGGGUAUUCUUGCUGCUGAUGAGUCAACGGGAACAAUUGGCAAGCGUUUGGCCAGCAUCAACGUAGAGAAUGUUGAAUCCAAUAGGCGUGCUCUUAGGGAACUCCUUUUCACUACCCCUGGUGCUCUUAAAUAUCUCAGUGGUGUCAUCCUCUUUGAGGAAACCCUCUACCAGAGCACAGCUGCAGGCAAGCCCUUUGUGGAGUUGUUGAAGGAAGGUGGUGUGCUUCCUGGUAUCAAGGUUGACAAGGGUACAGUUGAACUUGCUGGAACUAAUGGAGAAACCACCACUCAAGGUCUAGAUGGUCUUGGUCAGCGUUGCAAGAAGUACUAUGAAGCCGGUGCCCGCUUUGCAAAAUGGCGCGCUGUGCUUAAAAUCGGCCCAAAUGAACCAUCUCAGCUAGCUAUCAACGAGAAUGCAUAUGGCUUGGCAAGAUAUGCUGCCAUAUGCCAGGAGAAUGGGCUGGUUCCUAUUGUUGAGCCUGAAAUCCUUGUUGAUGGACCUCAUGACAUUCUCAAGUGUGCCGAGGUGACAGAACGUGUCCUUGCAGCAUGCUACAAGGCUUUGAAUGAUCACCAUGUCUUGCUUGAGGGUACUCUAUUGAAGCCAAACAUGGUGACCCCUGGAUCUGAUGGUCCAAAGGUGGCACCUGAGGUUGUUGGUGAGCACACUGUUAGAGCACUGCAGAGAACAGUGCCUGCUGCAGUUCCCGCCGUGGUUUUCUUGUCUGGGGGGCAGAGUGAGCUAGAGGCAUCAGUCAACCUCAAUGCCAUAAACCAGGUCAAGGGGAAGAAGCCAUGGUCUCUUUCUUUCUCUUUUGGAAGGGCACUGCAACAAAGCACUCUUAAGGCUUGGGCUGGAAAGGAGGAAAAUGUGAAGGCAGCUCAAGAUGCCUUCUUGACAAGAGCCAAGGCUAAUUCAGAGGCCACUUUGGGAACUUAUAAGGGUGGCGAUGGUUCCUCCGAGAGCAACUAUGUUAAAGACUACAAGUACUGAUCAAAGUUACUAGUGGAUAGUCAUUGGUAUUAAAAACUAUCAAGGGUACAACUGAAUAAGUCUAUUGUGUUUUAGAGGGUUAAGUCGGCUGAAUUUCUUGUUAAUGAGAUUGGGGUUUGACUCGACACACAAUAAUCGCUUGAAUUUUGUUUUGUUUUUUUGUUUUCCUAGUGUUAGGUUCAAGUGUAUUGGUCAAACCCGUGAAAAAGUGUGGGAUGUAGCUUUGUUUUCUUAAAAGACACUGCUGAGUGAGGCUUUGUGUUUAUUUCGCAAUUAUCUUCCUUCGUUUUCAUAUUUUUAUAUCUGCUAUGGAUGAUUUCUCUUAGUUACUUAUUAUAAUGUGUGAUAAAUCAAUGGCGUUC